AUGAAUGGAGUAAUCAGUUGCUUUCAGUUGUACACCAGCAUGGUUACAGCGAUUCCAUACGGCCAAAUGGCUCCUCACAGUACUCGGUGUAUGUGCUUUUGUACAAAGUUUCGUCGUGAACAGUAUCUUUCCAGUGGGUCUUUCAACGCUCGAAAAACGAUUUCAUAUGACGAGUACUCAAACUGGGAUAAUCUCGAGUUGGUACGAUUUUGCAGUGCUUAUCGCAGUGUUCCCGGUCAUAAAGGGCGUUGGAUCGGUAUUGGAACGUUUUUGAUGGGUCUAGGCUCAUUUAUUUGUGCGUUACCACAUUUUAUGAUCACUCCGUAUCGCGUGAAUGGUGCAGGACUCAACGAGAGUGAUUAUGGACAAUGCACAUUGAGGGACGAAAAGGCGUUAGAAUGUGUGAAAGGCGAUACGGAGCCUGCAUCCUAUUUGAAUCCGUACUUUCUGAUGUUUCUUCUUGGACAGACCCUGCAUGGAAUCGGUGCUACACCACUGUUUUCAAUUGGAACCGUAUACUUGGACGAGAAUGUCUCACAGAAAGCAUCUCCUGUUUAUUUGGGUAAUAACUUAAUGCACUGCUUCAUUUGCUCUGUCGAUUAG